AGUUCAUUUAUAUUUCGGCGUGAUAUUCGUCUGCUCAGCUCGUUAACUCUGAGAAAAUUAUUAUUUUUUGAUUCAAGUUUUCAAUUGACGCCAUCAUCAACGUUAAACAUGAACUCAUUUUAUUAUAUUCUAUUCCUAGUUUAUUUAGUUCCGACUGUCAUGUCAGUUAAAGAAGUUACAAAGGAGAAUUGCGAAGUGUGUGUAACUGUUCUCGACAAGUUUGUAGCCUCUCUUAAAAGCGAAGAUAAAGCGGAUCAGAAGAAAGUACAUAGUGAACUUAUGAAAUUUUGUAAGAAUUUAAAGAAAACUGAAAACCGUUUUUGCUACUACGUAGGAGGCUUGGAAGAAUCAGCUACAAGCAUUCUUGGAGAAAUUACUAAAAGGGUUACAUGGGGAGUUCCCUCUGAAAAAAUUUGUCAGCAACUCACAAGAAAAGACUCUCAAAUUUGUGAAUUGAAAUAUGAAAAGCAAAUUGAUUUGACUAAAGUGAACUUUAAGAAACUAAAGGUAAAGGAUUUGAAGAAGAUCUUAUCGGAUUGGGAAGAACAAUGCAAAGGCUGUACAGAAAAAUCCGAUUUCGUAUCAAGAAUUAAAGAAUUAAUGCCAACAUACGCACCCGACGCAGCCAAGGCCCUUAAAGAAAGGGAUGAACUUUGAAUUAAAAAUAUCUAUAUGAAAAUUUAUAGUCUAAUUUUGUAUAAAUAUAUUAACAAAUUAGGUUAAAAUGUCAAUAAAAAUAAGAAGUUAUUGGUGCAUAAUGUACACUACAUUAAACAUUCUAGGCUCAAUGUGCAUGUCUUCAUUUGCACAUUGUUAGCCAAAUCAAUAUUUAAGUAUAGAUACUUGUUAUAAAUCAAUUCAUCGUGAAUAGAUAUUAGUACUCUUUUACACAAACUAUACAAAUAUUCAUCUUUAAACGAUAUAAAAAGCAUCAUAGACCAAUUUUCAAUUCGUAUUAUUUCUCAAUGCAUACACGAAAAGAAAAGAGAGAAAGUUACACUGUUGUAAAGUAACGCCCUCUAACUCCGAUAAUAAUACAGUCUAUAAAGAAUAAACUGUAUUAUUUACAGUAAAGUUUAUGAACAAAUCGUUAUUAUUUGAAAUAAUUAUUAAGGAAACAUGAAUAAUAUAUUUAUUCUUUUC